AUGCAGAACAAGUCCUUCAUCGUCCUUGCGGCCAUCACGGCCCUGUUCUUCACUGAAUCCGUCGUAGCUCGGCCUAUGUGGAUCAUGAGCAGGGGUCGUCUCGUGUCAGUCCGUCGCCAGAGCAGUAAUAUUGGUGACUUCGGGUCAUGCUCCGUACCCCAGAUCGAGUUCGGCGUCGGCUUUGAUAACCGUAAAGAAACCAGCUUCGAGCCAGUCGACGAGACCUCCUUCGCCCACACCUCCGCACAAAAUAUUGAUAUAAUCACUCAAUUCAUCUGUGACACCUUAACGAACUCUUGCGGUGCCGACCAGACCGCGAAGGACACAUGUGCUACCGCAACCGCUGCUUCGAAGGCUCAGACUGCGAAGACGGGCGCCCAGGCUGAUGCAUUCAACGCUGCGUUUGGCAUCUCCACGAACUUUGCUUCGAUCCAACCUAUCGAUGAUCAGGGCAACGCUGUCGGGGCCGCCGCAGCUGGUACCGCCAGCGCCUCGGGUUCCGCCGCAGCGCCUUCCGCCCCUGCCGCCGUUUCUUCCAGUAACAAUGGAUCUUCAUCCGGCGCAGCGGCGGCAUCUGGCGGGAUUGGCGACUUUGGGUCAUGCUCGGUUCCCCAAAUCGAGUUUGGUGCGGGCCUUGAGGGCCGUAAAGAGACCAGCUUCGAGCCCGUCGAUCAGACGUCCUUCAAUCACGGAUCGGCGCAGAAUAUCGACAUCAUCACUCAGUUCAUCUGCGAUACCUUGACAAAUUCGUGUGGUGCUGACCAGACGGCGAAAAGCACUUGCGCUACUGCAAUUACUGCUUCAAAAGCGCAGACCGUCAAAACUGGCGCUCAGGCAGAUGCUUUCAAUGCUGCGUUCGGCAUCACCACGGACUUCGCUGCUGUUCAGGCCCUGAAUGACCAAGGACAAGCGAUCUAA